AUGGUUAAAGUUACAAUAUUAGGUGCAUCCGGUGGAGUGGGUCAACCACUCUCUUUACUUCUAAAGUUGAAUAAACACAUCACCGAACUUGCCCUAUACGACAUCAAACCUGUGGAGGGUAUAAGCAAGGAUUUAUCUCACAUCAACACCAAUUCCGAAUGUACAGGGUUCAAGGACUCUGAGAUUGGUGAAGCUUUACAUGGUUCAGACAUUGUCUUGAUCCCCGCUGGUGUACCACGUAGACCUGGGAUGUCUCGUGACGAUUUGUUCAAGAUCAAUGCUAAGAUUGUCAAGAGUUUGGUUGGGGCCACGGGGAAGUUUGCUCCUGAUGCUAGGAUCUUGAUUAUUUCCAAUCCCGUGAAUAGUAUGGUGCCCAUUGCGGUGGAGACUUUGAAGAUGAUGGGGAAGUUCCAGGCUGGGAAAGUUAUGGGUGUGACUAUGUUGGAUUUAGUUCGUGCAGAGACAUUUUUGGUGGAUUUCUUGGGGUUACAGGAUAGUUCUAAGAAGAAAGGGUUAGAUAAGGGUGCCAUGGAUAAGAAUAUUACUGUUAUUGGUGGUCAUUCAGGGAAUACUAUUGUUCCUUUGUUUUUGAAUAGAGAAUUCAGUGAUGCUUUAGGAUCUCAACACUACGGUGAGUUUAUUCAUAGAGUUCAAUUUGGUGGUGAUGAAAUUGUUAAAGCAAAGAACGGUGAAGGUUCAGCCACUCUUUCGAUGGCAUUGGCUGGUUAUAAGUUUACCGAGGAGAUAUUGAAGAGUAUUGUGCACGAAAAGAGUCAAGUAGCUACGAUUCCUGCGUUCGUGUAUCUUCCAGGGGUGCUCAACGGUAAAAAGGUGCAAGAUAAAUUGGGUAAAGAUUUAGAAUACUUUGCAUUGCCCGUCAACCUUACCAAUGGGUGUGUGACGAGUGUGGAUGAUAAAAUCCUAGAUCACUUAUCCUCGAAGGAGACCCAAUUGGUGAAAGUUGCUGUGAGUGAAUUGAUUGUAAACAUCGAGAAGGGUAAGAAGUUUGUGCUGGGGGCAGCCAAGUUAUGA